AUGGCUCGUCCACGGAAGUCUGCUAUUGCUGCUGAGCAGCGCAACCCGCCCAGCUCAUCGCAGGACGGCCCGCGGGGCACCCGUCGCAAGAGACGUACCAGCACCGACUCCGUCGUCGACGACGAUCGCUCCCGCCGCGAGUCGACCCAGCAGUCCGACCUGCCCAGCAUCCGCGAGGAGUCGAACGUCGCCUCCGACCCGGAGCAGCAGCGCCCGCGGAAGAAGCGUGUGAAGCGCGUCUCCGUCAGCGACCAAGACCAGCUCGCCCAGGAGCUCCAGGAGGCCGUCGAUCACGAGUCUCGCAACACUCCCGCCGAGCCCCAGUCGAUCCCCACUGGUCCUCAGCCCCAACCCCAGCACACCCAUCGUCGCGUCCGCUUUUCAGACCCCGGCCCGCCCAUCGCAUCUGCAACACCCACUCACAGAUCCACCACCGGCGGCCCCAUCACUCCUACCGUCCGUUCUUCCAAGCCUAAUCGCCGCGUCUCCCUCCCGGCUACCUUCGGUAUCGCAUCCCCCGAUGGCGGCCUUGUACAAUUCACUCCGCUCCGUGCCGUUCUGGAGGACCGGAAGCGGAGGAGGCUUCGUCGUUGGGGUCUCAGCGAGGAGAUGAACAGCAUCGAUGAGCACAAGCGCGAGGAUGCCCGUGCACGGCGUGAACUUCAGCGUCUCCGCCAGGAGCUUCGGGACAAGGACAAGAGGGUGAACGACCUCAUCUAUGAGCUUGAAGUUCAGCGUCAAUUUGCCAUCGAGGUGCAGGAUGCGGACAGGGACAAGGAAAACGCAAAAGUCAGGGCCCUUGAGGAUCAGCUGGACAGUUUGAGGAAGGAAGUCGCCGAGCAGAAAGAGCGCCACGAACGUGAACUUGCAACCAUCGACGAAGACCCCAACGAGGACGUCGACAUGGAUAUGGGCAUGGGCAUGGACGGUCCGGCCUCGGACGACGAGGAAAACGAUGGCUUCAUGCUGAUUGAGCCGGAGGACAUCAACCUGCAAAAAGAACUUUCUCAACUACCCGACGACCAGAGCGAAGACGCCGAUGGUAUUGCCGAAGGCACUCAGACCGACGGCGCUUCCGAUGUUCCCGAUCCCAGCCAUGAAGUCCAGAUUCAACAGUUUGAGAAUGCCAUUGCCGAGCUCAGCAAGGAGGCGUCUGAAGCUAAGGCUGCUUUGCAGAUCCUGUCCAUCGAGCUCCAGACGCUUGGUUUCACCGAACCGGAGGCUAACGCGUAUGAUGUUCUCACUUCACUUCGCUCUGCCUUCCAGCAUGUGCGGAACGAAGUCGAGGCCAUCUGCCCCGGUGACCCCGCCACGGAGCUCGAGAACGGCAGUCUGAUCUAUUCGUUGGUCGAAAAGCUGAGGGGUCUAAGGGCCGAAGUGAAUGAGAAGGUGGACGAGGCCCGCCAGCAGUCGGAGAUGAAUAACCUUCUCAACAACCAGAACAAGGGUCUUGUCGACAAGAUGGCGGAGUAUGAGAACAGGAGGCAGACCUUGGAGGGCCAAUGGCAUGAGCUCGACAUCGUCAGCGAGAAGAAGACGAAGGAGAUCAUCGAGUUGGAGGAGGAAUUGGAAGCGUACAAGGCUGCAGUCGAGGAGCGUGACAACGAAAUCGUCGACCAGGAUAACAAGAUGGAUGAAAUGGAAGUCGAGCUCACAGAGCGGGAACAGGCUCAAGAACGUCUGAAGGAGGAAAUCAACAGCUCCCGCGAGGAGGUCGCUUCGCUGCAGGAACUCAUCAGCCGGGUCGAGGAGGAGUCCAGGAACGCUCUCGAGAGGCUGAAGGAAGAACACGCUGCUGCAAUUGCCGAGCUUGAGCAGAAGCUGGCGACCGAGCAGCUCUACCGCGAGCAAGCCGAGAAGGAUAUUGAGGAGAAGACUUCCUUCAUUACUGAACUUGAGGCCAAGGUCGAGGCUGCCGAGACAGAUCUGGAGCAGCUCCGUGAGAACUUGAUUGAACUCCAAGAUCUCAGGGAUGCCGAGAGGACUCAGCGCGAAACUGCUGAAGAGGAGCUUGAUGAUAAGAACGCGACGAUUUCGGAUUUGGAAGAGAAGGUUGAAAAGGCUGAGAGCGACCUGGAAGAGCUUCGCGAGGAGCUGGAGAGCCUCCGCAACCUUUCAGAUGCUGAGCGUGAGCAACUCGAAGCUGCCAUUGCCGAGGUUGAAGAGAAGGAUGAUAAAAUCGCGGAGCUCGAACAAAAGAUUCACGAUGCUGGCAGCCACGCCAAUGAGCUCCGUCAGAAGCUUUUCGAGCUUCAAGUCCAGAAGCAGGCCGUCAUCGAAGAGCUGGAAGAUACUGCCGCCAAGCGGGAAGAGCAGUACAACCAGGACAUCGCUGCCGAGAUCGCUCGCCGCGAGGCCGCCGAGCAGAUUUAUGCUGAUCGCAAUGCUGAGAUGGCGGAGCUCCAGUCCAAGCUUCACGGUAUCGAGGAGAAUCUCGAGGUCAUGACCAUCGAGAAGGACGAUCUGAUCACCGAAUUGGAGAAGAGGGUCGACAAGCUGGAGGAGGAUCUCAUCCAGCUGCGUGUGGAGUACAAUGACCUUGCCGACCAGAAGGCAGAGGAAAUUCAGGCUCUGCACGACGACAUCGCCAUCCUCAACUCCGAUAUCAACGAGAAGGCCGAGCUCAUCGAGAAGCUUCGUGAGGAGGCUGCCGAGAACGAGGAGGCCCACAAGCGUGAGAUUGAACAGAAGGAGGCUCGUAUUGCCGAGCUCACCGAGGAGAUGGAUGCCGCCCGCACUGAUAUCCAAUCCCUCGAGGCAACCCGCAGCAGCCUCGAGCACCGUGUCGAAGAUGCCGCCGUCCAGAUGCUUGACCUGCAGAACAUGCACGGGAACGAAAUCGACUCUCUGCGCGACAAGAUCGAGAACAACGAGGCCGAGAUCGACCGGCUCAGGCGAGCUCUCGAGCUACGUGAGGACAAGUACACUUCGGACAUCAACAAGAAGAACGAGCAACUGGAGUCGCUCCAGCUCCUUGCUGAUAACCGCCUCACAAACAUUACCGCCCUCGAGAACCAAGUCGAGGACCUUAAGAGGAAGUUCCGCGAGCAGACUCUCUCCAGCCGCAAGACGAUGGCGACCCUUGCGCAAAGCUUCCUGCAUGCUGCCGAGGAUGCUCGCGGCCUCAGCGACAGGCAUGCCGAGAACUCCGACGCCGCUCUUCGCGAAGUAGAGGGUAUGGUGCCCGAGGGCAUGGAGGAGAGAGCCAAUGCCCUGAAGCAAGGCGGCCCGGCCCGUAGGGGCAGGCGCCAAUUCGACUCUGGUAUCGGUGUUGCCGAUGAUGACGAGGAUAUGUUGGAGGAGACGCUGGCGUGA